CGCCCCGACCUCCUCACCCACCACCGCAGAGCUCUCCUCUUCUCUCUCGUCGGCACACCCGAGCUCGCGCUCUCCUUCCUCGUCCGAGGUCCAAGUCACUGCAUUGAUGGCGACCGACGUGGCUGAGACUCCCGCGCCGUUGGCGGAGGCGGCCCCCGAGGCACCCGCGGAGGCUCCGGCGGCGCCCGCCGCCGAGGCGAAGCCGGCCAAGGCUAAGAAGGCCGCCGCGCCCAGGAAGAAGACCAACCCGACCCACCCGCCGUACGCCGAGAUGAUCUCGGAGGCGAUCACGUCGCUCAAGGAGAGGACGGGGUCCAGCCAGUACGCGAUCGCCAAGUUCGUGGAGGACAAGCACAAGGACAAGCUCCCUCCCAACUUCCGCAAGCUCCUGCUCGUGCAGCUCAAGAAGCUCGUCGCCGCCGGCAAGCUCACCAAGGUCAAGAACUCGUACAAGCUGCCUGCCGCACGCGCCCCGGCCGCCACCAAGCCCAAGCCCAAGCCGAAGGCCGCGCCCAAGAAGCCCAAGACUGGCGCAAAGAAGCCCAAGGCCGCCGCCAAGCCCAAGGCGAAGGCACCUGCCAAGGCCAAGCCCGCCGCAAAGCCUAAGGCCCCUGCAAAGGCGAAGCCAGCUGCCAAGCCGAAAGCCGCAGCCGCCAAGCCGAAGGCUGCAGCUAAGCCCAAGGCAGCCGCUAAGCCGAAGGCCAAGCCAGCUGCCGCGAAGCCGAAGCCGAAGCCGAAGGCAGUCGCCGCCAAGCCGAAGCCUGCUGCCAAGAAGGCCGGCCGCCCCGCCAAGGCCGCCAAGACGUCGGCUAAGGACACGCCUGGGAAGAAGGCGCCGGCGGCCAAGAAGCCCGCGGCUGCCGCGAAGAAGUCGGCUGCCAAGAAGGCCGCUCCGGCGAAGAAGUCCGCUGCCCCGGCGAGGAAGGUGCCUGCCCGGAAGGCGAAGAAGUAGAGCGGCGGUCGGGCGCCGGAGGAAUCUAGGGUUUCGUUCUCGUUUGGUGCUAGAUGUAUUACUCUUUUUUGCUCUUCCCUUAGUCGAGGUGGUGUCUGUGGUACUUAGCCUGUAAAUUGGAUAUCGGAGGCGGGGGUACACUAGGUCAUUCGUGUACCCAUGGUGAAAGGCGAAAGCGGCGGCGAAAGGAGUCUGUUAUUAUUACUAGAGGGUGUAUUUCUGUAGCUGAUGAUGAUGGUGGAGUUGCUGUCCUCAUGGAGAGUUGUUAAAGGUUAUGUGGUGAUAAAAGUUAAUGUUGAGAAUUACCUACCUUUUUGCUGAUUUA